UGGACUUUCCACCACUUUGAGGAGUUCUUUUUCCUAUACAUCAUCGUCAGCAGGAGGAGCCUGCUGGUGGUUUAAAGCCCACCCCAGCUCAGUGCAGCUGUACCAUUCCUAACAGAGCAGAGACUGUGAGAUCAGGAUUUAUCAGAGCGUCGGAGUUUCCCCGAUCUCAUAAAUUUCUCAGACCGUCGGACCAGUCUCUCCUCUCGGAUAACGAUGCGGGCCGACACACUCACAGACGGACUCAGGCUGCCGCGGUUUACCUUCGGGAGGGCCAGAGCUCGGGACAAUAACACGACUGAUGGACACAGCUCACCCGGUGAUGAGCAGCCCCAAAUCGUGACCCUCACUUUUGAGCAGAGACUUGAGGCCCAACAGUUGUUUGAGGCCGGCCAGCUGCUGAUAGAGAGAGAGGAUCGUCUGUUCGGGGAGAUAAACGAGGCGGAGGAACUUACACAUCACGAGGAAGAAGUAAACAAGCUUGCUGCAGACCACCAGGCCCUGCAAAGACUUGUCCUGAAGACUCUAUCUCUCAGCCUGGGGGAGGUCAGUUCAGAGACUCUGACGUCUGCAGUGAAGGCCGUGAACCAGGAGGAGGACCAGGACCAGCAGUGGACUCAGAGGGAUCGGACCCCUCCGAACUGGAGGCCCAGUGGAUGGAAGAAGCUCCACGACUCCACGCUUCACAGCCUGGUGGAGGAGCGCUUAGACAACCCUGCGACGCCCCCCGCUGAUAAGGGGAACAUGUCUGAUAUCGAGGCGGACGUCUGCAGCAUGGGCCAGCAACUGAAGGAGGACCUGCUGUCUGUGGUGGACGAGGUCAAGAGUUGCUACCCGCCCGAGUGGAACAUCAGUCAUUUUUACGCCAGAUUGUACCACAAAGCCUUCAGCGCCAGACUCAGGAAGAUCGCCGACUUUGGUCUGGAGGACAAGGACUGCACUGUCCUCCUGCACUGGGUCAACGUGUUUUACCCAGAAAUCCUUCAAAAGCAGGAGCUGGCCAGUGAAAUCGAUAUUGAAGCUCUGGGAAAACUGCUGCCUGAAGACUUGUUGAAAAAUCUGGAGGAGCAAUACCUGAGCAAACAACAGGAUGAUCUGAAGACGUUCAUCGAGCGCAUCCUGGAGGGAGAGGAGCAGAAGUGGAAAAAUGAAGAGGAGCCGAUGAGAAGGGACGGCUGCUUCGUCAGUACUGUGGCCUACGACAUCAUUCAGCUUAUCAAUAGUACGGUGACAACGGCUGCAAAAAUUGUGGGAGAUCUGCACAAGGCCCAGAGCAUAACGUGCCCUCUGAAAGAUUUAAUGCAGAGGUACAAGAUCUUCCAAAAAGACGUCAUGAAUAAAGACAAACCAAACAGCCGGCCGAUUAUCAAGGCGCACCUCGGCAGUAUGGAGCAGUUCAGGGACGUCCUCGAUAAGAAUAAAGAGCUGUUCACAGAGGAUGUGCGGAAAAGUUUACUGCACGUUCUGACUGACAUGAAACAAACUGCCCACGCAUAUCUAUUAAAACAUGUGCACGAUGUCCUCAGGCCACAUUACCGCAUGCUGGGGACCAACGAUUGGCUGCAUAAGGACGUGUUUGAGAAGCUGCUGGACAGCAUUGAAAAAGAGAUUCAGGAUCUUCGUGGUUCCUGUGAAUCCUGUCACCAGAAACUGAUUGGCCAGCUGCACCAGGAUGUCGCAAAAGAAUAUGUGAAGCAGCUCCUGAAAGGACGAGUCAAACUGAAGGACAAGGAGCGGCAGCUGAAGGCCUACGCGAUCAUAAAGGACAACGCAGAGAAUUUGCACACUUUCUUUGACAAAAUGGGAUCAGAGGAGGAUUGGUGUAAGGAAAUACUGACCAAGAUUGCAGAAGUGCUGAAACUCCAAGACCUCCCCGCCAUACAGAUGCAAAUAGUAUCACUGGGAACUGCUUAUCCUGACCUCAGUGAGAAACAUGUUUCGGCUCUGCUCAAGCUCAAGACCAACUUCUCCAGAGCCGACAGGAAAAUCGUCAAAGAGACUCUGUUGGACACUUUGAGGGAAAUGGGAAACGCCGACAUUUCUCGUCCGUUUUUCUACGGAGUUCAGGUCAAAUGAGUUGAAAGUGCUUUCAGUUCUUCUCGUUUUAAAGCUGACUAAAAUUCGGGUUGUAUAGUAUUGUGUAUUAUAGCGUUUGUGUGUAUAGUGUUUGUGUGUGUGAAAGUAUGAUAAGUUGGACACUGUUUGUUUCAAAUAUCACAUAUGCUGUAAAGAAUAUUGUCUGCAGACUUUAAAAAGAUGAAAUUAGUGUUUUAGUUAUGUAUAGCUAUGUACAUCAUAUCUAUAUAUCUAUAUAUAUUUUUACUGCUGAGAAACGUGUGUGUGUGUUAGUUUGUUAUUCUCAUAGUGUAUAUUUUUCCUAAAAUGUGCAAUAAAGACUAGCUAUUUUUU